AUGGCGGCAUCUCUGUUCACAUACUCCUCAACCUCUCGAAGGGUCAUUCCUGCCCCAAACUCUCCUCCUCUUCCCAUUCACAUCAAGGCCACCAAUGUCGUCUUUAACCCUGACAUUCCAGAAGUGCAUCGAGGUCUUGGACUUGAUGAUUUCGUAAAUUUUUUGGCUUCUUGCCGCCUUCGAUAUGCCAUCAGUGAUGUACCAUCCGAGUUCUUCCCUGAACAAGUAUGUGAGUUCUACUAUACUGCAACAGUCAACGAAGAAAACAAUGUCAUCACCGGAACCAUUGGCCAUGGCAGAAACUCUAUCUUCAUCACCGCAGAACUUCUCAGUGCUGCUUUAAGGUUACCAAUUUUUGAACCCUUUUCUGAACCUCCUACUAUUGAAAGAUGUAAAUGCAUGUUUGAUCAAUUGGGCUAUGAUCAUUCAAAAGCUGGCACUCGAUCAGCUCUUAUUCUGCGUCAGUGCAUGACCCCAGGCUGGAAGUUCUUCACUGGUGCUUUAUGCAAGUGUGUGGGUCACAAGUCUCGCAGUGGUGACCAACUAAGCAAUUAUGAGCAACAAGUUGUCUGCUCCCUUCUUCUCAACAAAAUAUUGGAUUAUGGGGCUCUUUUCUUUGAUCAGCUUAUUCAGCUUCUACGUGCAAAUGUGCGUGCUGAUCAUGUUCCCUUUCCACGCUGGAUUGCCUUGGUGUUCGACAAAUUCUUCGCUCCUGAAUACUUUUCUCACUCUGGGAAUCCAAUUCAAUGCCCUCGAAUGUCAGUUCGUAUGUAUCAGGAUGAUCCUUUGGAUACUGACAUUAGAAUCUUGGAUAGGAUGAGAGAAUGGAUUGCGAAUCCAUACACUGUGCCCUCUCUCACCGUUGACACUGAUGAAGGAGGUGCUGAUGGUAAUCAUAUGGAUCAUGCUGAUCAAGAGUUGGACCAUCAUGACGGUGAACAUUUCUCCCCUCAACUUUCUCACCACGUCAUCUCAGACACUGGCAAAGUCUCCUCGGCACCACAGGAUUUCAUGCCUCAGGGGGAGCAUCCCUCAUAA